GUGAUACUUUUUGUUUGUCACACUCUCAAAAGCUAGCUACCAUCUUGGAUCUUCCAUCUUACUCUUACGCGUAGUUUUCUUCCAUAUAUAUAAUAAAUAUAUACCAAUCUAGACUCCAUUACCAAAUCUCAUCACAAAAAGGGAGAAAUUUUAGCACAUCUCUUUCUUCCUCCAUUGCAAAUAAAGAUUAACUUUGAGCUGCCUUGAACCAUGGAGAUGGCUAAUGACAAGAGUGAGGGAGUUUUGGCUCGUUGGGGUGAGGGACUCGAAGCAAAAUUCUCAAAGCUAAAGGCAAAGGUGAUCGAGUUAUUUAGGAAGACAAAGAAACUAGCCAAGGAUGAUCCAAGGAGAAUUGUUCAUUCUCUCAAAGUUGGCUUGGCCCUCACUUUGGUGUCCUUGUUCUAUUACUUCGAGCCUCUCUACGAUGGCCUCGGUGCAUCCGCUAUGUGGGCUAUCUUGACCGUCGUGGUUGUCUUUGAAUUCUCCGUAGGAGCAACACUUGGACGAGGAUUGAAUAGAGUUUUGGCGACAUUUUUCGCAGCGGCUUUGGGAUUUGGUGCCCAUUUUUUGGCGGAUUUGGCUGGAGAUAAAGCCCAACCUAUCAUGCUUUCGCUCUCUGUUUUCUUUCUUGCUACAAUAACGACAUUCGUGCGAUUCUUCCCUCGACUAAAGGCGAGAUACGACUAUGGCUUCCUCAUCUUCAUCUUGACCUUCUGCUUAGUAUCAGUGUCGGGAUAUAGAGAAGACGAGAUUCUUAAUGUUGCGUACAGGAGAGCUCUCACCAUUCUAAUCGGUACCUUCAUUGCCAUUCUCAUCUGCAUAUGCAUAUGCCCUGUUUGGGCUGGUGAUGAUCUUCAUUCUCUUGUCUCCAAUAACAUUGAGCUACUCGCCAACUUCCUUGAAGGUUUUGGGGGUCAAUAUUCAAAUGAAUGGAAGGAAAAUGAGGUUGUUGAAGAAUGUAAGAGUGUUUUGACAUCAAGACAAACUGAAGAGUCACUUGUUAACUUUGCAAGGUGGGAACCAGGCCAUGGCACCUUCAAGUUUCGUCACCCGUGGAAGCAAUAUCGCAAGAUUGGAAGCUUGACAAGACAAUGUGCAUAUCGACUCGAAUCUCUUAACACCUACCUUGUCACUGAAUGUCAAACCCCAUUACAUAUCCGAGACCAACUUAAGGAGUCUUGCUCAAAAAUGAGCAUUGAAUCAAGCAAAGCUCUGAAGGUCCUAGCAUCUGCCAUAAGAACGAUGACUCGACCGACGUUUCCAAAUCCCCACAUCGAGAGGUCAAAAGCAGUGGCGAAGGACCUGAAGGCAGCGCUGAAGAUCAGGCCGUGCGACAGCGGUAUGGAUCUCCUGGAGAUUGUACCGAUGGCGACUGUGGCUUCUUUGCUCAUUGAUUCCAUUUCUUGCAUUGAGAAGAUUGCAGAAUCAGUAGGUGAAUUGGCCUCACUUGCAAAUUUUAAGUGUGUGGAAGUUGGGAAAUCAGCUAGUAUGAAAUUGGAACAACAUCAGGAGCAAAAGUUGCCAACUCCAGCCAUUGUUAAUGGCCAUUGUCAUGUUGUUACUAUUGAUUAGUGAUAAAGAUAAUGCUUCUUUACCAAAUCAAUGUGUAGUUGAAAUUGUAACUUCAUUCUUAACCAUAUUGUAUAAUAAGAGAUUUAGGAACAACCAUUCAAAAUGACUAGA